GAAACUCAGACGAUCAGACGGAGCUUCAGCGUCCUCAGACUGAGUCCAGCUACAACACUGCUGCUUCCAGCUGCUGACACUCCAAACACUGAAGAUUCCCUCACAAUAAAUGGCUUCCAGAUCAGAGGAGGAUCUCUGCUGUCCGGUCUGUCAGGACGUCUUCACAGAUCCUGUUCUUCUGUCAUGUAGCCACAGCUUCUGUAGAGACUGUCUGAAGACCUGGUGGAGACAGAAACCAACACAUGACUGUCCAGUUUGUAAGAGAAGAUCUUCAAGAGAAGAUCCACCUUGUAACCUGGUUUUAAAGAAUCUGUGUGAGUCCUUCAAGCAGCAGAGAUCUCAGAGAUCUUCAGAGUCUCUCUGCAGUUUACACUCUGAGAAACUCAAACUCUUCUGUCUGGAUCAUCAGCAGCCAGUGUGUGUCGUCUGCAGAGAUUCAGAAAACCACUCCAACCACACAUUCAGACCCAUCGAUGAAGCUGCACGACAACAAAAGAAGGAACUUCAGGAAACUCUGAAACCCUUAAAGGAGAAGCUGAAGGUUUCUGAACAAGUUAAAGUGGAGUUUGAUCAAACAGCAGAACACAUUAAGGUCCAGGCCCGACACACAGAGAGGCAGAUUAAGGAGCAGUUUGAGAAGCUUCACCAGUUUCUGAUAAAGGAAGAGGAGGCCAGGAUGGCUGCACUGAGGGAGGAAGAGGAGCAGAAGACUGGGAUGAUGAAGGAGAAGAUGGAGGCUCUGAGCAGAGAGAUAGCAGAUCUUUCAGACACAGUCAGAGCCACAGAGGAGCAGCUGAGAGCUGAAGACGUCUCAUUCCUGCUAAACUACAAGGCUGCAGUGGAAAGAGUCCAGCGCUGCCUCCUGCUGGAGGAUCCACAGCUGCUCUCAGGAGCUCUCAUAGACCAGGCCAAACAUGUGGGCAACCUGAGCUUCAACAUCUGGAACAACAUGAAGGACAUGGUCUCCUACACUCCUCUCAUUCUGGACCCAAACACUGCACAUCCAAGACUCAUCCUGUCUGAAGAUCUGACCAGUGUGAGAGGAGGAGAUAAACAGCAGCUUCCUGAUAAUCCAGAGAGGUUUGAUCGUUCCAUCUUUGUUCUGAGCUCUGAAGGCUUCAACUCAGGAACUCACAGCUGGAAUGUUGAGGUUGGAGACAGUAAAUACUGGGGACUGGGUGUGAUAGAAGAGUCUGAUCAGAGGAAAGGACUGAUAUGGUCUGGAUUAUGGAGAAUAUGGUUCUCUCAAGAUAAAUACUCAGCAUGUUCACCACCAUUUCUCCUCACUGAUCUCUCAGUGCAGAAGAAGCUCCAGAGGAUCAGAGUGAAUCUGGACUGUAACAGAGGAAAACUGUCCUUCUCUGAUCCUGAUACUAAAACACUCAUACACACCUUCAAUCACACUUUCACUCAGAGGAUGUUUCCGUUCAUUGGCACUCUUGAUAAAGUUCAGAUUCUACCAGAGAAGGUCUCAGUGACAGUGGAACAGAUCAGUUAGAGAUCAACAGGAUCAAUAGAUUCAGAACGUCUCUUUGUUGUUGUUUUUCUGGUUGUUGGUGGUGGUUGCAUUUUUGUCUUUUUAUAUUUCUUUUUUCACAUUUUACCUUCAUGCUAUGAAUAUUUUCACAUUCAAGUGGAUUUUUUUGGAUUUAGUUAACUUUUAAUCAAAUAAUCAAGAAACUGUACUUUAGAUUUUAUAAAGUUUCCAAUCAGUAAAAGGGAUUCAUGUUUAAUUCAGUUAAAAUGUUUUCUAUUUAGGGCAGAUGUUUUAACGUGUUUCUGUUCCACUUUUAUGUAACACUGCUAAUUGAAAAGCUGAAUCUUUCUUUGACUGUCUUUAAGCCCCAAAGUUUAUGUAUUUUUGAUGAAUAUUUUCAUGAUUGUGAGCUGUUGUUGAACAGGGUUUCUCUGUGUUGUCAGUUUAUAGAUCAUAUCCAAUAAUGAUCAAUAUACAUUAUGACCAUAAAAACAAAAGAAAAACAGAUCCAAAUUUUAAGUCAUUUUGGUUCCAAAACUCUGUAUUUUAACAAAUGUUUCCACUGUUUGUAAAUCAGCAGAAAAAUAGAACUUUUUCCACAGAUGUUUGCCGUUUAAUUAUGUUUUUUGAUUAAGAUUGAAAAAUGUUAGAAAUAACUUUUUAUUUGGAUUCUACAAAUUGACUCAUUUGUUAAAUUAUAGAUGAUACAUUUUACAUAUUAACGCAAAAAAGACGGCAAAUGUAAAUAAUGUGUACAAUGAUCUGUAUUUCUAUCAAAGUAACUUCUUGUUUGAAAAUAGAAUAUUUUUCACUGCAUUUAAAUCACCAAAGUUUUCUCUCUUUUUUAAAAUAAAUGUAAGUCAAGAUUUCACCGAAAAGGGCUGAUUAAAUAUUAAAGCAUAUCAAAUGAUUUUAA